AUGGUCGCCCUCUUCACCUGCCGGCUGGUCCUGAUCGGCGGGCUGGCCAGCGCGUCCGGCCUCUGCCAGGUUGCCUUCACGAUCACGCUGGCCCUGGAGUGGCGCCACGGCAGGCGCAUGGAGGCGAUCGCGAAUGAGUCUGGCCGAUCGGUGGCGAUGCACAGGGUGGUGGCGGCGGGCCUUGGCGCCGUGGUGGUGACCCUCCUCACGCCGGUCGCCAUGUCCGCCGUGGAGCUGAAGCCCCAUAGCCCCAGCUCCGUGCUCCUCUUCAAGGCCAUGGACUGCGGCGCGUUCACCGUCCUGGGCUCCAACCACUACCGGCCCCUUAUGCUCAAGCACCACCUGCCCAUCGUCCUGGCUAGCGCCGCGUGGUUCUGGCUGCGUGGCGCCGACUGCGCCUGCCCGCGCCAGCUGGCCGAUCCCGUCGCGACUCGGACGAUGGUCGGCCUGUGGGCAAAUCUGUCGGAGUCCUGUCGGCGCUUCCUCAGCGCGGUUUUCAUGUCCAACGUGGAACGGCGCCCGCCGCCUACCCCACCCGCCGCCUGCUGCCACAUGGGGCACGUCUUCCUGCUGGCCUCCCUCAUGGUGUCCGUGUACGUCUCCUUGGUGAUGGAGCAUGGUUCCAGGGUGCGCUUUCUUAAGGCCCAUUCGGGGGUCAGGGAGGGGUGGGAGCCCGUGGCCGGGAGGGCGCGGGCGCAGGAGGUGCUGAUGAUCGUGAUGGCCGUGGCGGUGGUGUGGGAGGUCACGGCGAGGGCGGCGUGCGGGCUGGAGCCGGGGCGGCGCGCCGGCUGGUCGGCGGGCGGAAGCUGCCCGUUCGGGAUUGGGGACGCGCUGAGAGGGUUUGUGUCGCCGCAAUGCGAUACGAUGUGA